GCCCCGGCUGGAGCAGCAGUACUGGCUCUACCAGCUCAGCCGCGAGGUGGACGACCUGGAGCACUGGAUCGCCGAGAAGGAGGUGGUGGCCGGGUCGCCGGAGCUGGGCCAGGACUUCGAGCACGUCACGCUCCUGCAGGAGAAGUUCACGGAGUUUGCCAGCGAGACGGGCAGCCAGGGGAAGGAGCGUCUCUCGGCCGUGAACCAGAUGGUGGACGAGCUGAUCGACUACGGGCACGUGGACGCGGCCGAGGCCUGGGCCGACCUGCUGGAGCUGAUGGAGACACGGGCCCAGAUGCUGGCGGCCUCGCACGAGCUGCACAAGUUCUUCAGCGACUGCCAGGAGGUGCUGGCCCAGAUCCAGGAGAAGAAGCAGCGGCUGCCCGAGGUGACGGCUCGUGAGUCCCCGAGCUCGGCCGGGGCCCUGCAGCGGGCGCUCAGCGCCUUCGAGCACGACGUGCAGGUGCUGGUGAGCUGA